AUGGAGGAACUCCCCAUCAUAAUCUUUAUCAUUGGGAUACUUGUGCAUCUGUCUGCAGGGGAGGCCGGAAUUGCUGUCUUAGCAGGGCAGAACACAACGCUUCCCUGCAUUUUCGAAGGCAUGCCAUGGCAUGUCAAUUGGUUGAAAGAGGAUGGUCCUUCUUGGAAUGGCAUUGCCAGUUAUGGAGACAACACAAAUUAUGGAACCAUCGAUGAUGGGAAGUACAGUGUACAGGAGCACUUCUCAAGUGGGAAAUCCUCAUUUUCGCUGAGCAUCGCUGAGGUGGAAAUCGCCGAUGAUGGACGGUAUAGGUGCGCCGUGACUGACAAUUAUGGAACGAGUUCUUCAAGCCUCUACCACCUCGAGGUAUUGGAUGCACUAAACACCUCCGUUACCACCCCAGCACUCCAUGGAAGCACACCCACCACACCGACAUCGACACAGACAGUCACCACAACAACCACGGACAGCCGGGAUCAAACGGUGGACGACACCGGUUCUGGUAUCAGCCUUGCUGCCAAGUUUGGAAUUGCGUUUGGAGUGAUGAUUCCAGUUGGCAUCGCUGUGUUUGGUAAGUUGUUGUGUACAUUUCGUAAAUUUGUUGAAGUCACUGACGUGAUACACGGCGAUGAAAACCUCUUAAAUAGCGCACAGUAA